AUGAUCACCAAGUCGCGCAUCCCCGAGCCCGCGAAGCGUGGCCGCCUGUUUGAGUCCGCCAUUGAGCGGCUCGUGCAGUGGUGGGCACACGACUUCUUCGAGGUCACGCCGACCGGGCACAUCCGCUCCCGCACCUUCAACGACGUCCAGAAGCUGCUGAAGCCCACAUCUAAACCGGACCCCAAGGGCAAAGGCAAAAGGCGCGCGACCGACGAUGACGACGGCGUCGAUGACGAGGAGCGCUACGGGAUUGACGGCGAGAAGAUCAGGGGCGAGAAGAGCCUGAUGAAGCACGCGCUCAUGCAGAAGGGCUCGCGCGACACGAGCGCGCAGCUGUUCACCGCGCUCUGUCGUGCGCUCGGUAUCCCCGCGAGGUUGGUCGUCAGCUUGCAGAGCGUGCCUUGGCAAGCAGGCGUCGGCAAGCCAAAGCCCCCUGGAAAAAAAGAAGAGCGCGGUGGAAGCUGGCGCUAA